GUUGACGAUGUUCUAUUUGGCCAGCUGAGGGAGCUGGAGAGAGGUGUUGAUAUUCUUGUGGCAACUCCUGGAAGAUUGGUGGACUUGCUAGAGAGGGCUAGAGUUUCUCUACAGAUGAUUCGGUACUUAGCCCUUGAUGAAGCAGACAGAAUGUUGGACAUGGGUUUUGAACCUCAAAUAAGAAAAAUUGUGGAACAAAUGGACAUGCCUCCUCCUGGUGUUAGACAAACAAUGCUAUUCAGUGCCACCUUUCCAAAAGAGAUACAGAGACUGGCCUCUGAUUUUCUUGCAAAUUAUGUUUUCUUGGCUGUGGGACGAGUUGGAUCAAGUACUGAUUUGAUUGUCCAGAGAGUAGAAUUUGUUCAUGAGUCAGACAAAAGAAGUCACCUUAUGGAUCUUCUUCAUGCGCAGAGGGCAAAUGGAGUCCAGGGAAAGCAAGCUCUUACAUUAGUUUUUGUUGAGACAAAAAAAGGAGCUGAUUCGCUGGAACAUUGGUUGUGCAUGAAUGGUUUUCCUGCAACUACCAUUCAUGGUGAUAGAUCCCAGCAGGAAAGAGAACAAGCAUUACGAUCAUUUAAAAGUGGUGCUACCCCAAUCUUGGUAGCAACUGAUGUGGCAGCCCGUGGUCUUGAUAUUCCUCAUGUUGCACAUGUGGUAAACUUUGACCUUCCAAAUGAUAUUGAUGACUAUGUUCAUCGAAUUGGACGGACAGGGCGUGCAGGCAAAACUGGUUUAGCCACGGCCUUCUUCAAUGACAACAAUGCUUCUUUGGCAAGGCCAUUAGCAGAUCUAAUGCUAGAAGCAAAUCAAGAGGUGCCUGCUUGGCUCACCCGAUAUGCUGCUCGUUCGUUUGGGGGGAGGAACCGACGUCCUGGGGGAGGCCGCUUUGGUGGGCGUGACUUUCGAAGGGACUUAUCUUUCAACAGGGGUAAUUCAGACUACUAUGGUGGGGGCAACAGUGCUGGUGGGUAUGCUGGUUCUGGUGGGUAUGGUGGUGGCAGCGGCUACGGUCCAGGUGUUACCAGUGCAUGGGAUUGA